CACAGCCGGAUUUCAAACUAGAUAGAUCUCCUUUCAGUGUGUUGUUGGAGGAAGCGUGUUUUAACGUUUGCUAGUUGCGGAUUGACUAUUAUCGAGCAGUCAACAUUGACGUUAGCAGUAGUGCUUAUGGUCGGUUAGUUACUAUCGCGUUUAACAAACAAACAACGGAACAUGUAGCUAUCUAUUUAGCUGCUUUAAAUAGUUAAUUUAAAAUGUCCGAAACGGCAACUUCAACACAGAGAGGAUUUCUGGACUUCAGUCCGACAAGAAAGGACGUCACAAACAAGGAAAAUGAUAUUCCUGUUUUGAGUUUGAUCCAGUUUUCAAAGGCUCCUUUUCUAACAUUUGGAACAGUGAAGUUGGGCACCUCAAAGGCGGCUGUUCUGCGGAUUGAAAACCCCACAGAGGACGCAGAAGCGGAGGUUACUGUUGAAAAGAUCCCAUCUGGUAAAGGCUUUUCUGUGGACUACAACACAUUCACAAUUCAGCCUGAGGGGUCAUUCAACCUGACAGUAACCUGGACUCCAACAGAAGAGGGUGGCAUUAGAGAGCUCAUCAUCUUCAAUGCUAAUGGGGUCCUCAAGCACCAGGCUGUUUUGCUCGGGAGAGCAGAAGCACCCAAAAAGAAAAAGAAGAGCUUAUGGGACACAAUCAAAAACAAAAGGGAGGGUGAAAGAGUAGCUGUGCCCAGGAGAAAGAAAGCAGAGCCUCCUCUGAAGAUGGCAGCCAAUAAAACCUUCCAAGUGUCCCGAAAGCCGCUGUACAAAAGCGACAGACCCCGCAGCCCGCUUACCUCACUGAACGAGGGCAAAGCUGUCAGAGAGAGGUCCCUCUCCAAACAAAGUCCCACCGACAAUCACCCUAGGAAAUCAGAGGAGCAAAAGGCUUUAAAUCUCAUUCACAGGCAACGGUCUCUGACGUUGUCCGACCAGGAGAAUAUCCACCACGCUCAGAAGAACUCUCCUCUCGUUUUACUCGUCCCGACCACAAAGGUGACGGAUCCCGGUCUAUUGUCUGCUAGCCCAGAUGCCUUGGCAGGAAAACCUGAAAACAAAGAUCUUGCCAAAAUGCUUAACAGGACGUUGUCACCUAUCGGGACACCAGAGAGGUUUAAGAAGCUCAUGCCUUAUAUUCAGUCAGUCGAAAGCCCAGUUCCUGUAAAGUCUGAUGCUGAUACGGACAGUCUGUUACCUAGUAGCCCAGUUUUAUCUUUGAAAGAUGCACUGGCCCUCAUUGACUCUGAUCUGAGCCAUAUUAACACCAGUCCUCGAGACAUUAAUUCCAGUUGUGACUUUUCAGAUUCACUGGAAUCUAAAAGUGGGAGUCAAGGCUGCGAACCGGACAUAAAUGUCCUCAAAGCGUUACCUGAUACCCCAGAGGUGUCUGAGUCCAAUGAGCCAAGACUUACUUUCUUCGUCAGUAAAAAGGUCGUUGUGAGUGAGGUGGUUGUUUCAGAGUCUGAUAAGGCUAUGGAAAGAGUCAAAAAGACAUCUUUUACUUCUGCCACAGUGACCAAGAGCAAAGCGCCAGUAGAGGAAAACAGCUCAAGUGGAAGGAAAAUAAAGAAGUCAAGGCGAAGGCUCUUAGAGAAAACACUUGAUGUGUCUGACGGCAGCAGUCAGUACGAGUCUGGACCAGGCACUCCAUGCCUUCCUGUUAUAGACCCGGACACAGGAACCAACAGAUGGCAAAACUCCGAGGAAGACAGCUCUCAGUGUGACGACAAGGUUCAAGCCCGGGAGUUUAUCUCCUCCAGCCCGAAGACGAGGGUCGAUUGUUCGCCUGCUCCCAUCACCUUCCCUGUCACCUCCCCUCCAUCAUUGGCUCCUUCUCGCUUCAGUUUCUCAGUCGCUUCCCCUCCUCCUGCAGUCCUCGCUCCCAUCACGUUUACAGUGACCUCCCCAUCGCCCUCGAGCCUAUCUUCCCCAACAGCUAUCCUGCCCCAGCUCAUAUCGGCACCUCCGUCUGUUCAGGACUCGUUCCCCAUUCACGUGGCAGCGAAGAGCAAGAAGAGAAAGAGCGAGGAGUAUUUGAAAAGUGACGGGAAGAUCGAGGACGGUGGGAAAACCGAGCGGGUUAAAAGGACCAGAGUGGUAGCUGUCAAAAGUGAGCAACCCAGAUCAGCGCAAGAGAGGAGGAGUACAUCACAGAGGCAGCAGCCGAGAGCAGCAGGCUCGGUGCGCUCAGUGACGUCAUCAUCUUUAAAGACUGCGAGGUCUGCAGUCGCUGCUCAGGCAAAGCAGCCAAGCUCCAAACUCACCUCACGAGGCGCCCAGUCUCUGAAGUCAGUCGGCGUACCAUCUGUGAAGAUGGCAAAAGUCGUCGCUGUAGCGCAGUCAAAGCUGAGCUUCAUUAAGCCCGGGCACACAGCCAUACCAAGACACCCGAUGCCGUUUGCCGCCAAGAACAUGUUCUAUGACGAGAGAUGGAUUGAGAAGCAGGAGAGAGGAUUCACAUGGUGGAUCAACUACAUCCUCACUCCAGAUGACUUUAAAGUCAAUACUGAAGUCACGAAAGUGAAUGCCGUGUCCCUCGCCAUGGGAGGCGACAAGUUCAACGUGCCCAAAGCGCCGACCAAAGAGGAGAUGUCUUUCAGCACCUACACGGCCCGACGGAAGCUAAACCGCCUCCGUCGUUCCGCCUGCCAGCUGUUCACCUCCGAGGCCAUGGUCAAGGCCAUUCAGAGGCUGGAAAUCGAAGUGGAGGCCAAGAGGCUGCUCAUCCGAAAAGACCGCCAUCUUUGGAAGGACAUAGGUGAACGCCAAAAAGUCCUCAACUGGCUUCUUUCAUACAAUCCGCUGUGGCUACGGAUCGGGCUUGAGACGAUCUACGGGGAGCUGAUCUCGCUGGAGAGCAACGGCGACGCCUUCGGCCUGGCUAUGUUCGUCCUCCAGCGGCUGCUGUGGAACCCAGACAUCGCCGCUGAGUUCAGACACGCCAAAGUGCCUCACCUUUACAAAGACGGCCACGAGGAGGCGCUGUCCCGCUUUACUCUGAAGAAGCUGCUGCUGCUGGUGUGUUUCUUAGACAAGGCCAAAGAGUCUCGACUGAUUGAGCACGACCCCUGUCUGUUCUGCAUGGACGCAGAGUUCAAGACGAGUAAAGACCUGCUCCUGGCCUUCUCCAGGGACUUCCUGAGCGGGGAGGGGAUCCUCCCCCGGCACCUCGGCUACCUCGGGUUACCCGUCUCUCACGUUCAAAAGCCCCUGGACGAGUUCAACUUCGCCGUGAAGAAUUUGGCGGUUGACUUGAAAUGCGGGAUUCGUCUAGUGCGUGUGAUGGAGCUCCUCGUCCAGGAGUGGAGUCUGUCAGAGAAGCUCCGUCUGCCGGCCAUCAGCCGCCUGCAGAAAGUCCACAACGUCGACAUCGCUUUGAAAGUGCUCAAAAGCAAAGGGGUCGACCUCAAGGAUGAACACGGCUCCGUCAUUGAUUCCAGAGAUAUCGUGGACGGACACAGAGAGAAGACAUUGAGCCUCCUGUGGAAAAUCAUUUUCGCUUUUCACGUGGAGGUGAUUUUGGACGAGGAUCAGCUGAGGGAGGAAAUCGGCUUCCUGAAGAGAACCCUGCGGACCAAACGCAGGCUGGCGUUCCUGAGGGCCGAUCGGGGGAUUCAGCCCAGUCCUGUAAAGACCAGGGAGCCGUAUGAGAACAGCAGCACUAAGAUCACCCUGCUCAUGAACUGGGUCCGUGCUGUGUGUGACUUCUACAAUCUCAAGGUGGAGAACUUCACCGUGACGUUCUCAGAUGGCCGCGUCCUCUGCUACUUAAUCCACCACUACCAUCCCAGUCUCCUGCCAGAGGAGGCCGUCAGUCACAGCACCACUCAGACCGUCGAGUGCUCGUCGAGGGGUCGCCUGGAGCUCGACUGCUCGGCCAGCGACUCCGACAACUCCUUCGAUUCCUCGCCGACGGGCCUGAACGGCCCGGUUUCUCCCUCGGUGGAAUUUAAAGAGCUCCUGGAAAAUGAGAAAAACAACUUCAGACUGGUGAACACCGCCGUGGCUUUCCUGGGCGGGGUUCCUGCCAUGAUCAACCCAGAGGACAUGUCCAACACCAUCCCCAAUGAGAAGGUCGUGAUGUCUUACCUGUCCUUCCUGUGCACUCGUCUUCUGGACCUGCGUAACGAAACCAGAGCAGCUCGGGUCAUACAAGGUGCCUGGAGGAAAUACAGACUGAAGAAAGACCUGCAGCUCUACAAGGAGAGAAACGCGGCUGCUUUGAAAAUCCAGCUAGUUGUGCGGAGUUUCCUCCAGAGGCGCAGAGCUAAGAAGCAGAACCGAGCCGCCGUUAUCAUCCAGUCGCUCUGGAGGGGUCACGCCGCUCGCAAAAGACUGAGGCUUGUAAAAGAGGCUCAGAUCCGGGCUCUGCAGGAUGAAGCGGCAGCUGUCAUCCAGGCUCAGUGGAGAAUGUUUUCAACCAUUAGGGCUUACCAGCGCCUCAGAUACUACGCUAUUGUUGUCCAAGCACAAUGGCGAAUGAGGAGAGCGGCCUCCGCUUACGGAAGAAUCCACCGGGCGGCGACAGUCAUUCAGAAAUACUCACGGGCACGGGCUCUUGCGAGAAGAGAGCGGGAGCAUUAUCUCUCCCUCAGAAGUGCGGCGGUGAAAAUACAGAGAGGAUUCAGAAGAUGGAAAACCCAGAGAACCGAAAAAGAAAACCGCGCCGCAAAAGUGAUACAAACGGUGUUUAGGAAAUGGUAUGAAGAAAAAAAGGCAGAAAAAACCGGUGCUGCUGUAAGGAUUCAGUCUUGGUACAGAAUGCAAAGGUGUCUCCAUCAAUACAGAAAGAUCAAGAGAAGCACCAUGCUCAUUCAAGCCCAAUACAGAGGUUAUGCCCAGAGGCGCUACUUUCAGAUGUUGACGCUACAGCACCACUCUGCUAUUGUCAUUCAGAGUGCCUUCAGAGGACAUACUGUCAGGAAACAGGUGGCAAAGAUGAAAUGUGCCUCAGUCAUAAUCCAGCGCUGGUUCAGGGCCUCUGUUAAAAGAGACAUCGAAAGGCAAAUGUUUGUGAGGAUGAGAUGUGCCGCCGUAACCGUACAGGCAGCGUAUCGUGGGAAAGUGGCUCGAGAGUUGCUGAAAAAACAGCACAAGGCAGCAACAGUGAUCCAGGCUACUUUUAGGAAGUACGCUGCCCGUAGGCGCUACCUCGUCUUAAAAAACGCUGCCACUGUGAUACAGCAAAAGUAUAGAGCCACGAUUUUGGCUCAUAAGGCGAAGAAGGAGUAUGAUGCUCUCAGGAAUGCUGCACUCACUAUACAAGCUAACUGGAGAGGGCGAGCUGACAGGAAGAGGAUAGAAAAACACCACCAGUGUGCAACGCUGAUACAGGCCUGCUACCGUCGACACAAGGCGCGAGCAGAGUACACGUCAAAGAAGGCAGCGGCUGUAGUCGUACAGCGUCACUACAGAGCUUAUGUGGCUGGAAAAGAGAUGAGGAAAUCAUAUCUGCAGAAGAGGGCAGCCUGUGUCACUCUCCAAGCUGGAUUUAGAGGCAUGAGAGUUAGAACAGAGCUGAAGAAAAAGCACAGAGCAGCGACUGUCAUUCAGUCUUCAGUUAGGAUGUUUUUAAGCAGGAAACGAUAUUUCUUACUUCAAAGUGCAGCGAUUAUCAUCCAGAGUCGGUACAGAGCUCUUCAGCUCUGCAGGGCACAGCAACAUGAGUACAGAGAGCUAAAGAAGACUGCUAUAAAAAUACAAGCAAUUUACCGAGGAUUUAGAGUAAGGGAAGACCUAAAAAAGAGGCACAACGCUGCCAGAACAAUCCAAGCUCAGUUCAGGAUGCACAGAAUGCGUAUGGCUUACCUUGCCACCAAGUGUGCUGCUAUCAUUAUUCAAGAACGCUACAGGGCCAAGAUGCUCAGGGAUCAACAGAUGCAGAGGUACAGAGCUAUGAAAUCUGCGGCUGUAGUCAUCCAGGCAGCGUAUCGUGGCCACAGGGCCAGGAUGGAGGUCGCAGAGAUGCACCGAGCUGCAACAGUGAUUCAGAGAAGGUUUCUCACCAUCCGAGAUAGAAAUCGAUUCCUAGCUAUCAAGGCGGCCGCUUUGGUUUGUCAGCAGCGGUACAGAACAGUGACCCUGCUGAGAAAAGACCGUCUGGACUAUCUGUCAAAGCGCAGAGCAGUCGUUUGUCUGCAGGCAGCCUACAGAGGAUAUGAAGUCAGAAAGCAGUUGCGCAUCAAACACAAAGCCGCCGUAACAAUUCAGUCUCACUUCCGGAUGUACCAGCAGAGAACUUCCUACAAGAAGCUCCACUGGGCUGCCAAUGUAUUGCAAGCACGUUACAGAGCCAACAAGAAAAUGAGAGAGGAGAUGCUAGCUCUGACAGCCAAGAGAGACGCUGCUGUUGUCUUACAAGCUGCUUUCCGUGGAAUGAAAUCCAGACAUAUCAUCAAGCAAAGGCAUCAGGCUGCCAGUGUUGUACAGAGAGCUUACAGAGCCCACUGUGAGCGCAAGCUUUAUCUUACCUUAAAAUCCUCCGUCCUCACCAUUCAGCGGUGGUAUCGGGCCACUGUAGCAGCAAAGGAGCAAAGAAAACGAUACUUGCGUAUGUGGCGUGCAGCCGUUAUUCUGCAGGCAGUAUAUAGAGGGCAGCAGGUCAGGAAAGAUGUUGCUCGUCACCAUCAGGCUGCCACAGUUAUCCAGUCUGUAUUCAGAAAGCACAGAGAGGAAGUCAAAUUCCACGCCAUGCGCUUGUCUGCCAUCAUCAUCCAGAGAUACUAUCGGGCCUGUAUACUUCAGAGACAGGAAAGGCAAUACUUCCUAAAAGUCAGACAUUCUGUUAUUGUUCUUCAGGCAGCUUUUAAAGGUCACCGUGUGCGAGGGAACCUUGCUAAGAUGCACAGGGCAGCUACUGUCAUUCAAGCAAACUUCAAGAGGCGUAAGCAGCAGUCAGCCUUCAGGAGACAACGCUGGGCAGCCUGUGUCUUACAGCAGAGGUUCAGAGCUCAGAGACAGAGAAACCUUGAGAUAAAACAUUAUCAACGGCGCAGAAAAGCUGCCAUCGUGUUACAGGCUGCAUAUCGUGGAAUGAAAUCAAGGCAGAACAUCAAACAAAGUCACCGUGCCGCCAGUGUUAUCCAGAGAGCUUACAGGACACUCUGCGAACGCAAGCAGUAUCUUAACAUAAAAUCCUCCAUCCUCACCAUUCAGUGGUGGUAUCGGGCCACUGUAGCAGCAAAGGCACAAAUGCAACAAUACCAAAAACUGCGCAGUGCAGCCAUCAUCCUUCAGGCAGCGUACAGAGGCCGGCAGGUCAGAAAGGAGAUUGCUCGUUGGCAUCAGGCUGCCACUGUGAUCCAGUCUGUAUUCAGAAAGCACAGAGAGGAAGUCAAAUUCCACGCCAUGCGCUUGUCUGCCAUCAUCAUCCAGAGAUACUAUCGGGCCUGUGUGCUUCAGAGAUGGGAAAGGCAAUAUUUCCUAAAAGUCAGACACUCUGUUAUUGUUCUUCAGGCAGCUUUCAGAGGUCAUUGCGUGCGAAACAACAUCGUCAAGAUGCACAGGGCAGCUACUGUCAUUCAAGCAAACUUCAAGAGGCAUAAACAGCAGUUAGCCUUCAGGAGACAACGCUGGGCAGCCUGUGUCUUACAGCAGAGGUUCAGAGCUCAGAGACAGAGAAACCUUGAGAUAAAACAUUAUCAACAGCACAGAAAAGCUGCCAUCGUGUUACAGGCUGCAUAUCGUGGAAUGAAAUCCAGACAAAUCAUCAAACAACAUCACCAUGCUGCCAGUGUUAUCCAGAGAGCUUUCAGGACACUCUGCGAACGCAAGCAGUAUCUUACCAAAAAAUCCUCCGUCCUCACCAUUCAGCGGUGGUAUCGGGCCACUGUGGCAGCAAAUGAACAAAUGCAACAAUACCAAAAAAUGCGCAGCGCAGCCAUCAUCCUUCAGGCAGCAUACAGAGGCCGGCAGGUCAGAAAGGAGAUUGCUCGUUGGCAUCAGGCUGCCACUGUGAUCCAGUCUCUAUUCAGAAAGCACAGAGAGGAAGUCAAACUCCACGCCAUGCGCUUGUCUGCCAUCAUCAUCCAGAGAUACUAUCGGGCCUGUAUGCUUCAAAGACGAGAAAGAGAACACUUCCUUAAAGUGAAACAUUCUGCUAUCAUUCUUCAGGCAGCUUUCAGAGGUCACAGUGUACGAAGCAAUGUUGCUAAAAUGCAAAGAGCAGCUACUGUCAUUCAAGCAAACUUCAAGAAGCAUAAGCAGCAGUCAGCCUUCAGGAGACAACGCUGGGCAGCCUGUGUCUUACAGCAGAGGUUCAGAGCUCAAAGACAGAGAAACCUUGAGAUUAAAAACUAUCAAGAGGUCCGAAAGGCUGUCAUUAACCUACAAGCUGCCUUCCGUGGAAUGAAAUUCAGACAGUCAAUCAAACAAAAACAUCAGGCUGCCGGUGUUAUCCAGAGAGCUUUCAGAGCCCACUGUGAGCGCAAGCAGUACCUGACCUUGAAAUCCUCCGUACUCACCAUUCAGAGAAGGUACUGGGCCACUGUAGCAGCCAAAGCACAAAGGACACAAUACUUGGAAAUGCGCAGUGCAGCCAUCAUCCUUCAGGCAGCAUACAGAGGCCGGCAGGUCAGAAAGGAGACGGCUCGUCGGUGUCAGGCUGCCACCGUGAUCCAGUCUGUAUUCAGAAAGCACAGAGAGGUAGUUAAAUUCCAAGCUAUGCGUCUGUCUGCCAUCAUCAUCCAAAGAUACUAUCGGGCCUGUAUGCUUCAAAGACACGAAAGAAACAGGUUCCUGAAAAUGAAACGAUCCACAGUUAUCCUUCAGGCUGCUUUUAGAAGCUGGUGUGUCAGGAGAGACAUUAGUCGACAAUGUCAAGCUGCCGUUUUGAUCCAGUCAUACUGGAGAUGCUCAGUCCAAAGACGUAUCUACCAGAGGAAGAGAGAGGCAGCUGUGAAGCUACAGCGCAGGGUCCGAGCUGUACAGCUUGGCAGGGCGGAGAGGAACAACUACACCCGAAUAAAACAGGCCGCCGUCACGCUUCAGUCUCACUGCAGAGACUGGAUUGCUAGACGACAGGUGCUCGAGGCAGCCAAAACAACGAGGAGACUUCGUUUCACUGCCGCAGUCUUCCACCAUCUCAGUGCCGUAAAGAUCCAGAGAGCUCUGAGAGCCCACUGGGCCUUGGAGUCUGCUAAAAGACAGAUCCAUUCUGUCAUCACCAUACAGCGUUGGGUGCGAGUGAGGCUGCAGAGGAGACGGUACCUGGAGGACAGGAAGAAGGUGCUUAUAGCCCAGAGAGCGGUCAAGCGCUGGUUAGCUCGUCGCCACAAGGCUGCGUCCGUCAUACAGCAGGCUGUCCGGAGAUUCCUCCUCCUCAGGCGCCAAAAGAGGGUUCAGCGGGGCAUUGUCAAAGCUCAGGCCUUGUGGAGAGGUCACCGCUCCCGCCAGCUGACUGACAAUCCCAAGAUGGUAAAGUUGAGACACAACUUGCGUAAAGUCUCCGCCGGCGCCCGAGAGGAGGACAAACUGUGCAACAAGACUUCGUCUGCCCUGGACUACCUCCUCCGAUACAAACACUUCUCCUACAUUCUAGAGGCCCUAAAAAACCUGGAGACCGCCACCAGGUUGUCCCCAGAGUGCUGUGAACGGCUGGUAGAGAGCGGAGCCACCGAAGUCAUCUUCACACUCAUCCGCUGCUGCAACAGGAGCGUCCCCUGCAUGGAUGUCAUCACCUACUCCAUCCAGAUCCUCCUCAACCUUUCCAAGUACCACAAGACCAUUGAGGCCGUGUAUUCGGUGGAAAACUCUGUGGAGACGCUGCUGGACCUGCUGCAGAGAUACCGGGAGAAGGCAGGGGAUAAAGUGGCAGAAAAGGGCGGCAGCAUCUUCACCAAGGCCUGCUUCCUCCUGGCUCUCCUCUUGCAAGACAAACACCGAGCUGUGGAGGUUAUGAAGCUACCCAAGGUCUUGGAUAGGAUACGCAGCAUUUACCGCCUCACUGCUCGCAAACACAAGAUGGAUGCAGAAAGAACCGUUAUCAAACAGAAGAUGAACGCGUCGAUCAACGGGAGUUUCUACGUUCAAGCGACACCUCGUAAAUCCCGUCCCGUGCCAAAAUUUGCACCGGAUUGGGUUCUCAGGAAGGACAAACUCAAAGACAUCGUGGACCCUCUCAGGGCCAUUCAAAUGGUGGCAGAGACACUGUCCAUUGCUUUGUAAAUAGUCAAGCUUUUUAAAUCUUGAUCCAUCUCAUCUUUUUUUUUUACAUUUGAAAAUAUUGUUUUAUGUACUGUUCUUUUAUCAAAACAUUUCCAAGUUUUACAUGUACAUAUUAAAACAAAUUUGUUUCAUAAA